CUGAACGAUUGGCGCGAAAUCUACCUCAAGUGGGACGAGAACGACGCCCGCCAACAAGCCGCACGCUGCAUGGACUGCGGCGUCCCCUUCUGCAACGACGGCUGCCCGCUCGGCAACCUCAUCCCUGAAUGGAACGACCUCGCAUAUCUCGGCGAUUGGCAAGAGGCCAUCGCGCGCCUCCACGCCACCAACAACUUCCCCGAAUUCACCGGCCGAAUCUGCCCCGCACCCUGCGAAGCUGCCUGCACACUCUCCAUCAACAUGGAGCCCGUAACGAUCGAGAUGAUCGAAAAGCAGAUCUCCGAACAUGCCUGGCAAGAGGGAUGGAUCACUCCCGAAAUACCUGACUACCGCACCGGCAAAAAAAUCGCCGUUGUCGGUUCCGGACCCGCCGGACUCGCGGUCGCCCAACAGCUGAACCGCGCCGGACACACCGUAACCGUCUACGAGCGAUCCGAAUAUCUCGGCGGUCUCCUCGCACUCGGCAUCCCCGAAUUCAAACUCGAAAAAAACGUUGUCGAACGACGACUCCAGCAGAUGCGCGACGAAGGCGUAAUCUUCAAAACCAGCACCGACGUCGGCGUCGACAUCUCGGCUAACGAGUUAGUCGAACAAAACGACGCCAUAGUCCUAGCUGGCGGCUCAACCGUGCCGCGCGACCUUCCCAUCCCCGGACGCGACCUCGAUGGCGUCCACUACGCGAUGGACUACCUCACCCAGCAGAAUCGUCGCUUGCGAGGACAAGAGUUCUCACCUGAAGAGACCCUCACCGCCGAAGACAAGCACGUCGUCAUCAUCGGCGGCGGUGACACCGGCGCCGACUGCCUCGGUACCGCACACCGACAGUUCGCCAAGAACAUCGUCCAACUCGAGCUCCUUCCCCGGCCACCCGAACGCCGUUCCCGCACCAACCCAUGGCCCGACUGGCCGAGCGUAUUCCGCACCUCCUCAGCACACGAAGAAGGCGGCAAGCGCGACUACAACAUCAUGACCAAGCGCUUCGUAGGAACCGAAGGCAACAUCACCCAUCUCGAAUGUGUCCGCGUCGACUGGGUCUUCGAAGAUGGACAACGCCCCAAAAUGGUCGAGAUACCCAGAUCCGAGUUCACCAUCCCCGCCGACAUCGUCCUCCUCGCCAUGGGCUUCAUUCAUCCCCAACACGACGGUCUACUCAACGAUCUCGAAGUCAAAUACGACCCCUUCGGAAACGUAAAGACCGAUCCCACCCUUGAAGAGCAGCACCGACAAGGUAACUGCCAGCUGAUCGCUGAUGCGAUCGACGAGGCGCGCAGCAUCGGCGCCGACAUCGUCGCAUUCCCCGAACUCGCCAUCACCGGUUACCCGCCCGAAGACCUCCUUCUCUCCCAACACUUCGUUCGCACCAACCGACGUGCCUGA